AUGCCGGUGACCAAGGGGAGCAGUGCCAAGGUUGUCGAUGCCGGCUCCCCGCACAGCGUGCUGGGCGAUGCCGGCAUCGACGACUGCGAUCCUGCGAAGCUCACCCAGCCGAUCAAGGAGGUGAAGGACAAGUACCAGCUGCUGCCGGCCUUCUUGAGGGUGCGGGGCCUGGUCCGCCAGCACAUCGACUCCUUCAACUACUUCAUCAACCAUGAGAUGAAGAAGAUCAUACAUGCCAAGGGCAACGAGCGCGUGACCUGCGAUACCGACCCCAACUUCUACCUCAAGUACCUGAACAUCUACGUGGGCAAGCCCAGCAUCGAGGAGGAGUACAUCGUCACAGACAUCUCGCCCCAGCAGUGCCGCUUGCGCGACAUGACCUACUCCGCCCCCAUCUCCGUGGACGUGGAGUACACGCGGGGCAAGGAGAUCGUGAUGAAGCGAGGGAAGAACGGACAGGGCGCCCUCUUCCUGGGCCGCAUGCCGCUCAUGCUGCGCAGCGACCGCUGCGUGCUCAAGGGCAAGUCGGAGGCGGAGCUGGCCAAGCUGGGCGAGUGUCCGCUGGACCCCGGCGGCUACUUUGUGGUCAAGGGAACCGAGAAGGUGAUCCUGAUCCAGGAGCAGCUGUCCAAGAACCGCAUCAUCAUUGACACAGACAGCCACGGCGGCAUCGUGGCCUCCGUGACCUCCUCCACGCAUGAGCGCAAGUCCAAGACCAACAUCGUGACCAAGCACGGCCGCCUGCUGCUGAGACACAAUGCCUUCACGGAGGACAUCAACAUCCUGGCCGUCCUGCGUGCCAUGGGCGUGGAGAGCGACCAGGAGUUUGUGCAGCUUGUGGGGUCGGAGCCGGCCUUUGGCAGCCUGCUGGCGCCCACCUUGCAGCACUGCCGGGAGGAGAGCACGGGCGUGUUCACCCAGGCGCAGGCGCUGGAGUUCCUGGCGGCGCGCGUCAAGUCCAGCCGCCCGCCCGGCGGCUUCCAGCGCCGGGGCCGCUCGCGCGUCGACGAGGCACGUGACAUCCUGUCGGGCGUGGUGCUCUGCCACGUCCCCGUCCCGCGCUACAACUUCCAGGCCAAGGUGGUUUACCUGGCGGUCAUGGUGCGGCGCAUGCUCUGCGCCAUGCUGGACCCGGGCUUCGUGGAUGACCGCGACUACUACGGCAACAAGCGCCUGGAGCUGGCGGGGGGGCUGCUGGCCCUCCUCUUCGAGGACCUGUUCAAGAAGCUGAACGCGGACCUGAAGCACCACACAGACGCCACGCUGUCCAAGGCCAAUCGCGCGACGCAGUACGACAUCGCCAAGUGCCUGGGCACCCACACCAUCACCGCCGGCCUGGAGAACGCCAUCAGCUCGGGGAACUGGACCAUCAAGCGCUUCCGCAUGGAGCGCAAGGGCGUGACCCAGGCAAGGGUCCUGUCCCGCCUGUCCUUCAUCUCGGCGGUGGGCAUGAUGACGCGCAUCACCUCCCAGUUCGAGAAGACGCGCAAGGUGAGCGGCCCCCGCGCGCUGCAGCCCAGCCAGUGGGGCAUGCUGUGCCCCGCCGACACGCCUGAGGGCGAGUCCUGCGGCCUGGUCAAGAACCUGGCCCUGAUGACGCACCACGACGCGGUGCACAUCGCGGCCGACGGCGGCCGCGUCUGCCGCCCGCUCAUCAUCUGCGACGCGGGCGUGCCGCGCGUGACGGGCGCGCACCUGGCGCGCCUGAAAGCGGGGGAGUGGAGCUUCAACGACUUUCUGACCGCGGGGCUCGUAGAGUACCUGGACGUGAACGAGGAGAACAACGCGCUGGUGGCGCUGUACGAGUGCUUCUGCAACCCCGCCACCACGCACCUUGAGAUCGAGCCUUUCACCGUGCUGGGCGUGGUGGCGGGGCUCAUCCCCUACCCGCACCACAACCAGUCGCCGCGCAACACCUACCAGUGCGCCAUGGGGAAGCAGGCCAUGGGCAACAUCGCCUUCAACCAGCUGCAGCGCAUCGACACGCUCAUGUACCUGCUGCAGUACCCGCAGCGCCCCCUGCUCACCACCAAGACCAUCGAGCUUGUGGGCUUCGACCGCCUGGGCGCGGGCCAGAACGCCAUCGUCGCCGUCAUGUCGUACUCGGGGUACGACAUCGAGGACGCGAUCGUGAUGAACAAGGCCAGCCUGGACCGGGGCUUCGGGCGCUGCGUGGUGAUGCGCAAGUAUGCGACCACGCUCAAAAAGUACGGCAACCGCACGCAGGACCGCAUCACGCGGCCGGCGGAGGCAGCGGCGCCAGCCGGCGCCAGCACCACCACCACCACCCGCCCCGGCGGCCGCUUCUCGGUGCUGGACGCGGACGGCAUCGCGGGGGCGGGCCGCGUGCUGACCCAGGGCGAGUGCCUGGUGCACAAGCAGUCGGGGUACCGCGCCGCGCCGGUGAUGUGGAAGGGCUUCCCGGGGGAGCGCUGCGCGGUGGACCGCGUGAUGGUGACCAGCAACGACGACUCGGCCUGCGUGGUCAAGGUGCUGGUGCGGCACACACGGCGCCCCGAGCUGGGCGACAAGUUCUCCUCUCGCCACGGCCAGAAGGGCGUGGUUGGGUGCAUCGUGCCCGAGGCCGACCUCCCCUUCUCCGAGCGCGGGGUGGUGCCCGACCUGAUCAUGAACCCGCACGGCUUCCCCUCCCGCAUGACUGUGGGCAAGAUGAUCGAGCUGCUGGGGUCCAAGGCGGGGGCGGUGUCCGGCCGCCUGCACUACGGCACCGCCUUUGGCGAGGGCAGCGGGCUGGCGGACCGUGUGGACGCGCUGUCCGCGGAGCUGGUGGCGGCGGGGUUCUCCUACUCGGGCAAGGACCUGCUCCACUCCGGCAUCACGGGGGAGGCGCUGGAGGCAUACGUCUUCAUGGGGCCCGUGUACUACCAGAAGUUGAAGCACAUGGUGAUGGACAAGAUGCACGCGCGCGCGCGAGGGCCGCGCGUCGUGCUCACCAGGCAGCCCACCGAGGGCCGAUCGCGCGACGGCGGGCUGCGCCUGGGGGAGAUGGAGCGCGACUGCCUCAUCGGGUACGGCGCGUCCGCGCUCCUCCUGGAGCGGCUCAUGAUCUCCUCUGACCAGUUCGAGGUCCACGUCUGCACCCACUGCGGCCUGCUGGGCUACUGGGACGCGGCGGCGCGCCGUGCGCGCUGCCCAGGCACCGGUCGAGCCGACGCCAUGGCCACCAUGAAGCUGCCCUACGCCGCCAAGCUCCUGUUCCAGGAGAUGCAGGCCAUGAACAUCGUGCCCCGCCUGGUGCUGGCCGAGGCCUGA